AUGCUGAAGCCAGGUGAGCCCAGCGGCUCGGCCUUCCUGAAGGUGGACCCGUCCUACCUGCAGCACUGGCAGCAGCUCUUCCCUCAGGCGCAGCUGAAGGCUCCUCUGGCCCCCCUGCCUCCACCUGACCGCCUCUCCAUGCCCAUGGACAGCCUGCGCCAGUCCCGCCUGCACAGCCACCUCCUGGCCUCUUCGCACUGCACCUCCUCUUCUUCUUCUACGGCCUCCUCAACGUCUUCGUCUUCAGCAGCUGGAGCAGCUCUCACCCCGUCCUCCUCCAUCUCCAUCUCCAACUCGGCGGGGAUCUCCCAGCUACCCGUCCCCCAGCAGAUCGCACUCUUUGGGCAGGCGUUGGCCCCGGUGUGUGGAGGACCAGGAGGAGGAGGAGGAGACCUCAUGAUGGUGGUGCCCCCGGAGAACCGGCAGGGUCACAAUCCGAUGGCGGGGCUUCUCCAUCAGGCCAAAGAGCUGAGCUGCGGGGGGGUUGGGGUGGUGUCAUCCAGUGUGAAGAGCAGCUGUGGAGGAGAGGAGGGCGGAAAAGGAGCGUCGGCCAGGUUCAAGCUCACGUCAGAGGAGCUGGACUACUACCUGUACGGACAGCAGAGGAUGGAGAUCAUCCCUCUGAGCAACCACACAGGAGAGGUCAACAACCGUUGUGACAUGUGUGCAGACAACAGGAACGGCGAGUGUCCGAUGCACGGACCCCUCCACUCUCUGCGGCGCCUCGUCGGCACCAGCAGCACGCCGGCUCCCGUCACGAUGCCCGACGUCCCUGAUUGGCUCAGAGACCUGCCCAGAGAGGUGUGUCUGUGCACCAGUACAGUUCCCGGGCUGGGUUACGGGAUCUGCGCGUCUCAGAGGAUCCCUCAGGGGACCUGGAUCGGCCCCUUCCAGGGAGUCCCCCUGCUGCUGGACAAACUGCACUCUGGAGCCGUCAGGAACAGCAGACACCUGUGGGAGAUCUACGAUGCAGAAGGGACGUUACAGCACUUUAUUGAUGGUAAUGAUCCCAGUAAGUCCAGCUGGAUGAGGUAUAUCCGCUGUGCCCGGCACUGUGGGGAGCAGAACAUGAUGGUGGUCCAGUACAGGUCCUGUAUCUUCUACCGAGCGUGUAUGGAUAUCCCCAGAGGAACAGAGCUGCUGGUUUGGUACAAUGACUCCUACACUUCCUUCUUCGGAAUCCCCCUGCAGUGCGUCGCUCAGGAUGAAAACUUAAACGUCCCAGCCACAGUGGUAGAAGCGAUGACCAGGCAGGAGUCCCUUCAAUCCUUCAGCAAGAACGGCAAACCUUCCUCCUCCUCGUCUUCCUCUUCGUCCAUCCCCUCCACCGCACACAUGCGCUCCAUGGUCUUCCCCCAUUCCCCCUGUCCAAGGAAUUUCUCCCUGUUAGACAAGGUUGGGGUUGGGCUUUCCUCGGACUCCAGUUUCGGCCAGUUGGGGUUAAAGAACCAGCGAGUCCUGGCAAGCCCGACCUCCACCAGCCAGCUGAGCAGUGACUUCAGCGACUGGCACCUGUGGAAGUGUGGCCAGUGCUUCAAAACCUUCACUCAGAGGAUCCUGCUGCAGAUGCACGUGUGUCCGCAGAAUCCAGACAGACCGUACCAGUGUGGCCACUGCUCCCAGUCCUUCUCUCAGCCAUCAGAUUUGAGGAACCACGUGGUGACACACUCAAGCGACCGACCCUUCAAAUGUGGAUACUGCGGUCGUGCGUUCGCUGGCGCCACAACGCUCAACAACCACAUCCGCACGCACACCGGGGAGAAGCCGUUCAAGUGCGAGCGUUGCGACCGCAGCUUCACACAGGCCACUCAGCUCAGCCGCCACCAGCGACUCCCCAACGAGUGCAAACCUGUGAAUGAGAGCAGCGAGUCCAUCGAGGUGGACUAACCCUCCGACUGUUCCCGGACCGACACGCUCCAGCGGCUACCUCUGAAAACGCAUCUUUCCUCACUCUGUGUUUCCUCUCCGUCCACAACAAGCCGGCAUAUUUAUCACCCAAAAACAAAGAUUUUUAAAUGUAUCCAUUCCAUAGAGGAUAAACCCGAAAAUUCAAACUGUAUGUUUAACUAGGAAUUGAUAUAAGUGACCUCUGUUCCAGGAAUCAGUUUUAUUGGAAAGUACCUAUAAACAAAUAAA